AGUCAUCUUGAAGAAGAGAUUUGAGGUUUUACUUCUAUCUCAAGCAGUCAUGACCAUGAAGGAAAUUAAAGAGGAAGACUUUGAUGAUUUUCUCCAAGAGUAUUCAAGGCAAACCCAAGAGGAUGAUUCAACCAGCAAAGAAGAGGUGAAUCCUGCAAUAAAAAUGGAAGAGAAGUCCAAUGUUACAGGAAUCAGUCAUGAUGGUAUGAAGUUUACCAGCAAGGUGUCAGAAUCAUCCCAACUGGUUACAAUAAAGAAGGAGAUCAAAGAAGAAGACGUUGAUUUUCUUCAAGAGUAUUUAUGGCAACCACGACAGGAUGAUUCAACAAGCACAACAACCUGCAAAGAAGAAAUCAUCCCUGCAAUGGACAUUAAAGAGGAAGAGGAAUCCAAUGUUACAGGAAACAGUCAUGAUGGAAUGAAUUUUACCAGCAAGGAGUCAGAAUCAUCCCAACUGGUCACAUACAAGAAGGAGAUCAAAAGAGAGGACUUUGAAGACUCCUCGCAGAGAACGCAAGAGAAUGAUGAAACAAAGUCAUCUUUCUUUAUGGAAGAAAAUUCUUCAUCCAUGGAUAUUCGAGAGGAAAUUCACCAUAAUCUGAUCGAUAAUGGCAACAAUGGCAUGUCCCCAACAAGUGCCCCUGCGGUCAACAUGCAUACUGGGAGGACACUUUUGUGCACCACAUGUGGAAAGAUGUUUAGUUAUGCAGGACAUUUAAGGAGACACCAGAGGCUUCAUACUCAUACUGGUGAAAAGAGUUACCCUUGUAAAACAUGUGGGAAAGGUUUUACAACAAAAGAUACUCUUCAGGCACACCUGAGGAUUCAUACUGGAGAAAAGUCUUUCCCAUGUACAACAUGUGGAAAGGCUUUCGUACAAAAAAGUUAUCUCCAAAACCACCUGAUGAUUCACACUGGUGAAAAGCCUUUCCAAUGUAUAACAUGUGGAAAAUCCUUCAGAGAAGGAAGCACUUUAAGGAGACACCAGAUGAUUCAUACAGGUCAAAAGCCAUUUCCAUGUAUCACAUGUGGAAAAGCUUUUAGAGACACAAGUAAUUUAAUAACACAUCAGAGGACUCACACUGGUGAAAAGCCUUACGUAUGUGCCACAUGUGGAAAGGCCUUUACACAGGCAAGUCAUUUAAAGAUUCACCAGAGUACCCACACUGGUGAAAGAUCAAUGUGCCACUGAGUAGAUUGGGCAGAUAUGUGUAAAGAAAAAAAAGAUUUUUUUUGGUAACAUUAUUAGAAUGCUUAACAUACUGUAUGUACAUGAUUGCACUGCUAU